AUGAAAAAAGUUGAGUUUGAGAAUGGAUAUCAUGUUGUUGGAACAAACAGAGGGUCAUCAGCAAAACUCUAUUAUGAAAUUUAUGGAAGUAAAGAUGCAAAGAAUAAAUUAAUGUUUUUAAAUGGAUUAUCACAACCAACAACAUCAUUGAAAUAUCAGAUUGAAUAUUUUAAAAAACUUGAUGAUUUUCAAAUUUGUGUUUUUGAUAAUAGAGGGAAAUUUUUAAAUUGGAACAAAGUUAACUUUGUUGGGAUUUCAUUAGGUGGUAGUGCAUGUCUACAUUUGGUAAGUUUAAUUGAAGAGGAAUUGAUAAAUUCAGUUUUAGUUUCAGGGCCAUGGUUGGGUGUCAUAGAAUUUCCUUCAUUGAAUCCAAUAACAAUGAUUUUUCCUUAUUUUAUUAGGGACAAUCGUAAAAGAAUUCAGACUUGGAAUAAACAAAUAUUCUCAAAUAAAUUUUUAACCUCUCCUUCAAAACAAGAUCCUGAAUUAUUAAAUGGUGAUUUAUUAGUCCAAAUGUAUUUAAAAAGUAAGAGUGUGAUUACAUAUACACCUAAAAAUGUAUUAACCAUUUUUGGUUGGUUUGUUGCCAUUUUAUUUUUUCAUUUGACAAAAUCAAAGAAAAAUGAUAUUUUUGAACGGCCAUAUGCAAAAAUUGGAGUCAUUGCAUCCAAACAUGACCAAAUAGUUAAUUUUGAAAUAUUAAAAAAAUUUUCCUCUGAAAUAAAUGCAUGCAAACUAUAUGUUGCUGACUCAGGUCAUCUUCUUACUAUUGAGGAUUCUGAAUUUAUAAAUAGUACCAUAGUGAAACAUAUUUACAACUCAAAUCUAACUUAUGAUUUCCCUCAAAAUAACAUUAUAAUAAAUAGUAAAUUAUAA